CACGGGUUCGGCGCAAAAUUCAAAUGCUCGGCAGCAAGAAAAGUUAACGUCUUUUGUUACCUUUUUAGAAACCUUUACUGGAUUUGACACAUUUCAUCAUACUUUGAGCGAGAAUAAUUCACUUUAUGUCAAGAUGAGUACGGCCACCACGCCUGUCUCCCGGGUACGCCAGGGUUGGACAUCCUCAUCAAUGAAGAACAAGUGCCUAUCACCAGCAGCCUGUAGCACACCGUUGCUUGCAGCCUUCCCUGGUAACGAUGAUGAGAAGGAGCGACGUCAGCGCAGGCGGUCAAGAGUAAUUGAUCUUCAAACUGCUACGGAAUCUUCUUUAAAUGAGUCUGCACCCCAUAGUGCCGCAGAGACACCGGCUGCUGUGCCUAAGUUGUCCAACGCUCAAAUCUCAGAACAUUACUCCACCUGCAUCAAACUUUCCACUGAGAAUAAAAUUACAACAAAAAAUGCCUUUGGUCUACAUCUCAUUGAUUACAUGGCUGAUAUUCUUAAACAGAAAGAUUCCGAGCUCACAAACUUCAAGGUGGCAGCUGGGACACUGGAUGCCAGUACUAAGAUCUAUGCUGUCAGGGUUGAUGCAGUUCAUGCUGAUGCCUACAGAGUACUUGGUGGCCUGGGGGCAGAAACCAAACCCGGAGAAGACCAUGGAAUAAUGGAGGAAGAGCAAAUUGAAGAUGCCGAGGUGACUACCAAGCAACCAAAGAAAAAGAGACCCCCAAAGAAGACUGUGGAGCAGAACCUGAGUAACAUAAAUAGUACUGAGUCCGAGAGGAAAUGUGAGAUAGACCCCAUGUUUCAUCGCAUGGCAUCAUCCUUUGAUGAAAGUAGCACAGCUGGGGUUUUCCUGUCGGUUCUCUUCAGUGAAAACAGUCGCUGCGAGCUGCUCUUUCCAUCCCAAAUGAUCCUUCUGCAGUCAGCAUCCUCCUACUCUCCUCCACCUGCAACGGUGGUCCCUGCAGCCCCAUUCAUGGCUGGACUGCAGCGGUCUCAGGAGAAAAGUGACAUCUGCCCCUCUCUGCACAACUUCUCCUUCACAAGCUGGAACCCUGAGCAGACAAUGAACCAACUUUUGGAGAAAAUGAAACAGGGAGAACAUGUUUUUGACGUCAAUGCUGAACCUGAACCCGAUGCUGAAGAAGAGGAUUACCCUGAAUUUGAUGCAGACUACGAGGAGGGUCUGGGUGACUGUCAGGAGGGGCUAAAGGAACAUCGAGACGGGUGUGAGGCCUCGAGCUCUGGAAAAGAACGUGAUGUGAUACCCAUUGGAGAGGGAGAUAUCGCCACUAUGUGUCUGCAGCUGUCCUCUCAGCCCAGAGAGUAUUCGUACUUUAGCCCAAGGACGAUGGCUACGUGGGCCGGACCAGGCUACUGGCAGUUCAAGCCAAAGCACAAGUUGGACCAUUUGCCUGACAAGGAGACACGAAAAAAGAAGCCCAAAAAGACCUUUGAAAUAGACUUCAAUGCUGAUGUCGACUUUGACACCUACUUCCGUACCACAAGAGCUGCCACCACUAUCAGCAAGUCUGCCCUCAGUUCCAGUAAUAAGAAAACAACUCUCCCUGCAGACUUCCAGUUUCCACCAGAGACGCUAUCCCAGCUCAGCCUUAAACCUUCCAUGUUGUUAUGUCAAGAAGCGCAGAAGAGGCUGUCUGGAGAGCUUGGAGAAGGGAUUGGCGACUAUGACUACAACAAUGCCAAUGAUACGGCCAACUUUUGUCCAAGUCUUCAGGCUGCUGACAGUGACGAUGACGUGGAAGUGUUUCCUUACUCUGACGAUACGCAACCUUCAGGCAAGAAUUUUCCACCACCCUCACAAGAAGGCGUCUCGACCUAUGGCGAUGAAGAUCUUGUACCUGAACCACACAGGGUCAAUAAGAUAGAGAUCAACUAUGCUAAGACGGCCAAGAAAAUGGACAUGAAGAGACUCAAGAGCAGCAUGUGGACUCUUCUAAUGGAAAGCCCAGAAAAACCUACACAGGAGGUGGAGGUUACAGAAAAACCUGAGGUUUGUGGUGACAAAGUCUUUAGCCAGACCACAAAGACAUUACUUAAAAGACUUCCCAACACAAUGGCUCAGAACCUUUCAGUACCUUUGGCGUUUGUUGCUCUGCUUCAUCUUGCAAAUGAAAAGAAUUUGGAGCUGGUGAAUAUCGAUGACAUGUCAGACAUCAUCAUCAGGCAAGGCCAUUGAGGAGAAAAGUAUUAACGUAUAGAAAGAGAAUUAGAGUAUGGCAUUUGUAUAUGAUCUUUUAUAACUCGUCUUAAAACCCACUUUUGUUCUUUUACUUUCAACUCAGCGAUGAGACUGCUGUUUUAGGGUUGUAUUGUUUUUAACAUAGCUUUUAAUCUUUUGUUUUAAUUUUUCCCUAUGUUGAACUGUUUUUAUGUUCUAUUCUUAUGUAAUGUACAGCACUUUGUGUGCAGCAGUGGUUAUUUUCAAGUGCCCUAUAAAUAAAUUUUAUUUGAGUA